AUGCAGGACCUCGCGUCGCAAAGGCCCGUCGCCAACUUUCAGUCGCGCUUCGGCGACGACGAACCGAGAAAAGGGGCGGACAUCCUCGUCGAGGCUUUGGAGCGCGAGGGCGUCGACUGCGUGUUCGCCUACCCCGGCGGCGCGUCCAUGGAGAUCCACCAGUCUCUGACAAAGUCCAAGACGGGCGUGCGGAACGUGUUGUGCAGGCACGAGCAAGGCGAGGUUUUCGCCGCGGAGGGGUACGCCAAGUGCACGGGCAAAGUCGGGGUGUGCAUCGCGACGUCGGGGCCGGGUGCCACGAACCUCGUCACCGGCCUCGCCGACGCCCUCCUCGACUCCGUGCCGAUGGUGGCCAUCACCGGACAGGUUCCCCGGCGCAUGAUCGGCACCGACGCGUUCCAGGAGACGCCCACCGUCGAGAUCACCCGACAGAUCACCAAGCACAACUACCUCGUCAUGGACGUCAACGACAUCCCGCGCAUCGUCCGCGAGGCUUUCUUCCUCGCGUCCAGCGGCAGACCCGGCCCCGUGCUCAUCGACAUCCCAAAGGACGUCCAGCAGCAGAUGAGCGUCCCGUACUGGGGACCCAAGGUGUCCCUCAACGGCUACCUCAGCCGCCUCCCCUCUCCCCCGUCGCAUCCCCAGAUGGAGCGCGUGCUGGACAUGAUCAAAGACGCCAAGCGACCGGUGGUGUACGCGGGCGGCGGCUGCCUCGACGCCGCGCCCGAGCUGAAAGAGUUCAUCGAGUCCACCGGCAUCCCCAUCACCAACACCCUCAUGGGUUUGGGGUGCUACCCCGCCUCCGACGAGCUCUGCCUCGACAUGCUCGGAAUGCACGGAGCCGUGUACGCCAACUACGCCGUCGACUCGGCGGAUCUGCUCCUCGCGUUUGGAGUUCGCUUCGACGAUCGCGUCACCGGGAAGCUCGAGGCGUUCGCCGCCCGCGCGUCCAUCGUGCACAUCGACAUCGACCCGGCGGAGAUUGGUAAGAACAAGGAGGCGCACUGCCCGGUGUUCUCCAACAUCAAGCCCGCGCUUCGAACUCUCAACUCGAUCAUCCGAGCGGACAAGCCCGAGCUGGACUUUUCCGAGUGGAGGGCGGACAUCGCGAAGCAACGGGCCAAGUUCCCGUUCGCGUACACCGAGACGGACGACUACAUCGUCCCGCAGCACGCCGUGGAGCUCCUGUGCAAGAUGACCGAAGGCAAGGCUAUCAUCUCCACCGGCGUCGGGCAGCAUCAGAUGUGGGCGGCGCAGCACUACAAGUUUGACGAGCCGAGGAACUGGCUCACGUCGGGCGGCUUGGGCUCCAUGGGCUUCGGCCUCCCCGCCGCGAUUGGCGCCGCCGCCGCGAGACCCGACGCCGUCGUCAUCGACAUCGACGGCGAUGGAUCCUUCGUCAUGAACAUCCAGGAGCUCGCCACGCUCCACGCGGAGAACCUGCCGGUGAAGAUGUUCGUCCUGAACAACCAGCACCUGGGCAUGGUGGUGCAGUGGGAGGAUCGUUUCUACGGCGCCAACCGCGGUCACACAUAUCUCGGCUCCCCGGACAAGGAUUACGCGGUGACCCAGGACGAGGCGGACAUCUUCCCCGACUUUGUCAAGAUCUGCGAGGGUUUCAGGGUACCCGCGGAGCGCGUGGUGCGCAAGGCGGACCUCAAGGACGCCAUCCAGCGCAUGCUCGACCACGACGGCCCGUACCUCCUCGACGUGAUGUUCCCCCACCAGGAGCACGUGCUGCCCAUGGUGCCCGGCGGCGGCACGUUCAAGGAUACCAUCACCACCGGCGACGGACGCACGCCCGAGACCAAGGACAUGAAGACGCUGUGA